AUGGGUGUGCCAUUCGAGGCUCUGAUUCCUUAUGGAAUCAUCAUCGGCAUGUACUGCGUUACCGGAGCUGGCCUUGCUGUCACGAAAUAUGUUGCGAACGAUGGCAAGAAGGCAAGGUGGAACAGAGACGUUUGGGACAAAGUAGGCUUGACUUAUCUCCUCGCAGAGACCCUCUCGUUGAUGCUAACAAUCCAACAGCAAAUGAUGGAGAGAGAUUACCGGAUAACCGGUACUUUGAGAGGCCAAUCCACCAACGCCGAAGCACCCACUGGCUUCGAAGUCAGCAAUCCAUGGAAGCUCGAGAAGAGGCAAUAUUAA